UCUCUACAGUUCUCUUUCCCGGUCAUAUCAGUGGCUGCGAAGGGUUCAUCGACGCUUCUUCCAAGCUCUCGUGAACGCUCACAGUCGCGGCGAUGGCCAAUCGCUUCUUUCCCAAUGAUCUACCGGAAUUCGUGGAAGAAAAGGAAGGUGUCGUCGCCCAAUCCACUCUCCACAACCUCCUCUACCUCCCCUACCCCAAAUUGGCCGACAAGCUCCUUAAAGCCGCGCUUGAUCUCAAAGACAAGGUGGUGAAGGAGACUUGGGUCCGCAGCGGGCGGCGCGCGAAGGACUACACGCUCUAUACCGGCGCCUUCGGCACGGCCUUUCUGCUGUUCAAGUCCUAUCAAGUCACCAGCAACCGAAGUGAUCUCGGCCUCUGCAACGAGAUUGUUAGGGCUUGCGAUCAAGCUUCCCAGGGUUCGCCGUUCGUGACGUUCAUAUGUGGGCGGGCCGGCGUUUGCGCUCUUGGCGCGGUGGUGGCUAAAGAAGCGGGAGAUGAGGACCUGCUCAGGCACUAUUUGAGAUCGUUUAGAGAGAUUAAAAUGCCCGGUGAUGUUCCGAAUGAGCUUUUGUAUGGAAGAGCUGGCUAUUUGUGGGCAUGUUCUUUCUUAAAUAAACACAUUGGAGAGGGAACGAUACCCUCAACUGACAUGAGUUCAAUAGGAGAAGACAUUAUCCUGGAUGGGAAAAGACUAGCCAUCAAGGGCAGCUGCCCCCUGAUGUAUGAGUGGUAUGGCGAGAAGUACUGGGGAGCCGCUCAUGGGCUUGCUGGAAUCAUGCAUGUUCUGAUGGAUGUUAAUCUCAAACCGGAGGACCUGGAAUAUGUGAAAGGCACCCUUCACUAUAUGAUUCAAAACCAUUUCCCUAGCGGGAACUAUCCCUCAAGCGAGGGAUUUGAUACAGAUCGCCUUGUGCAUUGGUGUCAUGGAGCACCUGGUGUUGCUCUCACCCUCACCAAAGCUGCUCAGGUAUUCCAAGAUAAGCUGUUUCUGAAGGCAGCUGCAGAAGCUGCUGAUGUGGUCUGGAACAGAGGCCUGCUGAAGAGAGUUGGGAUCUGUCAUGGUGUAAGCGGGAAUGCCUAUGUCUUCUUAUCACUUUAUCGGCUAACUGGGAAUGUAUCGUACCUAUAUCAAGCAAAAGCCUUUACUUGCUUUCUGCUAGAUAGAGCUAAUAAAUUGAUUGCCGAAGGGAAGAUGCACAGUGGUGAUCAUCCUUAUUCACUCUUUGAAGGGCAAGCUGGCAUGGCAUACCUCUUUUUAGACAUGACUACACCUUCUCAAUCAAGAUUUCCGGCAUACAAAGCUUGACCUCCUGUAGUUUUAGUUCUUUUUCGGUCAGAACAAAUGUGUUGCUUCCUGUCAUGGUGUGCAUAUGUGUAAGUAUGUCACGGUGUGACUAUGUAGCAGUAACUAACUUGAAGUGUCUGAGAAGUGCUGCAUCAUCCACUAAUGUCAUUACUGGUUUUGCUUGUUUUGUGAAGUAUGUACUAAAGCUUGCAACUCUGCUAAUAUUUUUGAUGUGGUUUUUUACUC